AUGAAUCUAAUUAUCACAAUCACCGCUAUCACCUCUAUUCUUUCUAUCAUCCUAAUCGUAGUCUCUUUCUGGCUACCUCAAAUCACCCCUGACUAUGAAAAACUCUCCCCCUAUGAAUGCGGGUUUGACCCGUUGGGCACCGCCCGUCUGCCAUUUUCCAUUCGGUUUUUCCUAGUCGCUAUCCUUUUCCUUUUAUUUGACCUGGAAAUUGCACUUCUCCUUCCGCUUCCAUGGGGAAAUCAACUCAUAACCCCCUUAUUAACCUUCCUGUGAGCGCUUACUGUACUAGUUUUACUCACACUUGGCUUAAUCUAUGAAUGACUUCAAGGAGGCCUAGAAUGAGCCGAAU